UUAGCAGUUGGCUAUCCAUACGCUAGUGAUUACUCACCAAACAACAGGCGGGUUCUUUUUUUACAACAAAUGUAAUAUUGAUGCCUCUCCCCACUUCUCUUUGUAGCUUUUCACCAUACGGUCUCUUCAUGUGCAGGAAUCGUCUGUCACUUCAUCUCCUUUUCCAUUCUAUGUGAACAAAGGAAUCGUUGGUUUAAACAUAGGACAAGCCAACAAAAACGAUAGGAGGAAGAGAGAUAUUAUUACAAUGCAGUAAAGUAAAAAAAAUGACGUCCAUCACGCAUUAGGUAUUUCUCACCACAAGCAGCUACUUCAGUAUUUGUAAGCUAAGGCAUUGGGUCUCUCAUCUGCAGUCUGCCCCCCUCUUGGAGACAAGCAAGAACCUCUGCAAACUGAAAGAAAGAAGGGAUGGUGAAGAAGGGGAAGUGGUCCAGGGAAGAGGAUGACUUGUUGAAAAAACACAUUGAGAAGUAUGGCAUUGGCCGUAGUUGGCAGGCAUUGGCUGAAACCCUAGGGCUUCAGCGUUGCGGUCGGGGUUGCCGAGCGCGGUGGCUGAACUACCUCCGGCCGGGACUGAAGCACGGCAACUUCACGCCGGCAGAGGAGAGCAUCAUCUGUGAGAUGUACAGCAAGAGGGGAAGCUGCUGGUCCGUCAUCGCCGCCCAGCUCCCCGGGAGGACGGACCUCGCCGUCAAGAACUACUGGAACGGCACCAUCUCCAAGAGGUUCCACUGGGCGAGCAGCGCGGCGGCCGCGCGCCGCAGGCGCAGCGUCCACCGCCCCUCCUCCAGCACGACGUCGGACGCCACCAAGCCGGAGGAGCUCGCGCUGGUCGUCCACGGCGAGGGGAGCUCCACGACAGGAUCGUCAUGCUAUGCCGGCGGCUUCGUGGACGCCCGCGUCCUGGCCGGCUCACUGCCGCUCGUGCAAGCGCAGCCACCGCUGGCGGCCGGCGGCUGGAAAGCGGCGAAAGAAGAGGUCGGUGAGACGGUGCCGAUUGAGAGGAAGCCGGCCGUGGCGCCUGCGCCUCUGCCAGAGAAUGCACCGGCGCUGCCUGGUGAUGAGGCCGGUGCGGUGGACAUGGUCUGCGCCCCCAUGACUGCGAUCCCCCUGGCGUCCAUGGAGCCGGACGACAUGCCUUGGAUUGACGGUUUCGACGAGAUCGACAGCUUCCUGCCCUGGUUCGAUGACUAGUAAUCAAGUGGCGACGUAGGUAGAAUGGUUAUCGUCAAUGGCCGGCUCCUUGGUUCAGGAGCAGCCGCAAGAUAGUGUCAUGUACUGUGAAACAUUUACCAUGUUGUUUUCCGAAAAAGAUUUACCAUGUUGUUAGGGUUGGAUGGGAUAUGGGCGGAAAGGUAAUUCCCAAUUGAAUCAUAACUGGGCGUAGCCAUUCUGUUGAUGUGAUUCCUAGACAUUGCACAAGUUUCUUCAGUGAUGAUCAUCUUUUCCGACAGAGCAUUGUGGCUUAAUCUGUGCCCCUAGGAACCAGACCAUAUACUCAGUUCAGCGAGUGGUUGCAUAACAGAACUGGAAUCUGCACAUGAAUCCAUCUGGCAACCGUGUCAGGCAUGAUCAAAACUCAUACUCCAUAUCAGAUUCAAGUAGUACUAGAGUACCUCGAAGUGUGAACCAACCGAACAAGAACUUUGGAGCAUCAACGUGCAUCUGCAGGGACUUAAAAUCCAGAGCAUGGAAUGGGUUAGAUAACAGGAUAGUGAUGAUUUUCUUCUAGUGAUCAGCGAAUGCAUCGGCCCUGUGCUGUUGACCUUCAGAGGUUCAGAUGACUCCGGUUUCUUCUUGGAGUCCAGAUCUUAGCAGGACUUGCCGAGGCUUGGUUAACACUUAACAAGGUGAGGAUUAGAGCAGAAAUGAAAUGACACAUUCGCACAAGAACAUGAUACACUCAGAAUCAUUUGUUCAUCAUAGUCUUUUAGUAACAAGACAAUGAUAUAGGAAGUGAACACUUCAGUGGUGAACUAGGAAAACAAGGAAACUUCAAGUAGAAGAGAUGAGGUUCUGUGAAUAGGGUAUACCUUUGCUACUUUCUAGUUUCCUUUUAACAAAGCGAAUAUAUGAACUGCAUGAUGUUCCAAUAUCUGGCAUAACUGCAAGAUAAUUCAUCGACUCAAACUGUACUAUGGAGAUGCAUGAAACGACAUAUGGGCAGCGAAACGACAGCUGAACCGUCGGCUACAUGCUACAUAGGCCAACUGAUACCUUCAGGCACAGAUGGGCUACCUUUACAAAGAUUGACCAUCUAGUUAGUUAGUUCCAGAAUGUUGCUAACAGUAAUAUACAACAAGGAACGAGCACAUCUAAUGAAGAGAGAAUAUGCCCAGCAUAACCAUCAUAGUAGAGAUCUCACACACCACGAACUUUAUGUAUAGAAGAGAAUUUGCCAAAACUGAAAGAUAAUGAACCAUUAGCUACUCGGCAGUUCCACUAGAACAAAUUUGCAGUUCGCAAAUUGAAACCGAAAAUGCCAAUUAAUAAAACAGACCAGAUCAGAGGAGGUGUGUAUAGAUCAUACAAAUUCAGAUUGUACGUUUUAACAGCGAAUUUCAAGUAGUUCCAGGAAGUAUGGAAGACCAAAGGCUACACAAAGUUAACAACUAUUGCGUUUCUUCAUGGGCAGAAAGAGCGAUAUAUUUCCUUUUUCUAGGAGAAAAUAAUAAUAAUGUGAUCAUCCUUUUUCUCGUGAUAAUUAAUGUAACCUACUUUCCAAAAUAGUCACUGCAUUCUGCGAAUGUGUAACCUCAUGCUAUGCAGUCAGGAUGCAGUACAGUCAUAUGAUUAUAGCUUCAAAAUCAUUCCAAAUAUUCCAAUGUUAGAAGUGCCUCAACUACUGGUGAUAAGUACAAGAGAAGACGGCGUAGUACAAUUUACAGUCAUCUUAGCAUCAGCAUAGGAUUAUAACUUCAAAAUCAUUUCAAUGUUAGAAGUACCUCAACUACUGGUGCUAAGUACAAGAAAAGACGUUGUAGUACAAUUUACAGUCAUCUUAGCAUCAGCCUGACAUUUACAGAUACAUCUCAGGU